AAGAGGAGGAGUAAGAAAGUGGGGUGGAGGAGGACGCGACAGAGAGAAACAGACGGAUUGAUGUGCGCAGCCUGUUCUGCGCAGACUCCGCACGACAGCGUAGAGAGAGCGAGACGGACCCGGGCGAGAGAGAGGAAAAAAAACAGUUUGAGCGAAGAAGCGGGGGGAAGCUGCAAUUCAGUUUGACAGCCGUAAAAAGAAACCUCUGGAUUCUCGUCUGAAUGGUCGCUAUUAGCCCACCGUGUCGAAGGCGACUCUUUUCAGGGUGAAAUGAGUAUUGUUUGCUGAAUGUCACCGAGUCCCCAUUUUGAAUCUUGGAUUUGGCUUCUGCAAAGGUGUUCUGUGUUGGCGUAGGGCCACUGCGUGGCAGUACUCGUACUAAAUUAGGAGUUAGCAAGGAAUUUGGAUCUCCUGUGUAGGAGGCAGCAGCUGCUGUACAUAUCAGACUUGAUUUCCCACAAUCAAAAUGGUGUUGUCACAGAGACAAAGAGAUGAACUAAAUCGAGCUAUAGCUGAUUAUCUUCGCUCUAAUGGAUAUGAAGAGGCUUAUUCAGUUUUUAAGAAGGAGGCAGAAUUAGAUAUGAAUGAAGAAUUAGAUAAGAAAUAUGCUGGACUGCUGGAGAAAAAAUGGACCUCUGUGAUAAGAUUACAGAAGAAGGUUAUGGAAUUAGAAUCCAAACUGAAUGAGGCAAAAGAGGAGUUCACUUCAGCCGGCCCUCUGGGUCAAAAACGUGACCCAAAAGAAUGGAUCCCUCGUCCUCCAGAGAGAUAUUCUCUGAGUGGACACAGAAGUCCAGUCACACGGGUUAUUUUCCAUCCAGUCUUCAGUGUUAUGGUAUCAGCCUCUGAAGAUGCCACAAUAAAGGUCUGGGACUAUGAGACUGGAGAUUUUGAGCGUACCCUAAAAGGUCACACAGACUCUGUACAAGAUAUCUCCUUUGAUCAGAAUGGCAAACUGCUGGCAUCCUGCUCUGCUGAUAUGACCAUCAAGCUUUGGGAUUUUCAGAGCUUUGAAUGCAUUCGGACCAUGCAUGGCCAUGAUCAUAACAUUUCAUCAGUAGCUAUCAUGCCUAAUGGAGAUCACAUAGUGUCUGCUUCAAGGGAUAAAACCAUGAAAAUGUGGGAGGUGCAAACAGGUUAUUGUGUGAAGACUUUCACAGGACAUAGAGAAUGGGUGCGCAUGGUCCGACCCAACCAGGAUGGUACUCUUCUGGCCAGCUGUUCCAAUGAUCAGACUGUCCGUGUAUGGGUAGUAGCUACAAAAGAAUGCAAAGCUGAACUUAGAGAGCAUGAACAUGUCGUAGAAUGUAUUUCCUGGGCACCAGAGAGUUCCUACCCAACCAUUUUGGAAGCAACUGGAUCUGAGACUAAAAAGAGUGGCAAGCCUGGACCUUUCCUGCUGUCGGGAUCCAGAGACAAGACUAUUAAGAUGUGGGAUAUUAGCAUUGGAAUGUGCCUUAUGACACUGGUUGGCCACGAUAACUGGGUACGUGGUACCUUGUUUCAUCCUGGAGGCAAGUUUAUUGUGAGCUGUGCUGAUGACAAAACCAUUAGAGUAUGGGACUACAAGAACAAACGGUGCAUGAAGACCUUGAAUGCACAUGAACACUUUGUUACCUCUCUUGAUUUCCACAAGACGGGUCCAUUUGUCGUUACUGGAAGCGUAGAUCAAACGGUAAAGGUCUGGGAGUGCCGCUGAUGGAGAUGAUCUUCUGUUUUUUUUUCUCCUUACCCUUCUUUCCCUUUCCAAAUAACCCAAACCCACGUUGCCACUCUUCUCUCUCUUCCCCUUCCCCCCCCCCACCCCAAAAAAACCCUGGAUGCACUCAGUUACCAUGGUUACCCAUCGAGCUCUGUUUAAUAACUAUUGUCCUUUCAUGUAAAUUAUUCUGGAUGUAGAUUGAGCUAUUAAAUGUUACACAAAAGUAUUCAUGCAUGGUGAAUCCGAAUUGUAUACUGUAAAUUACAUACGUUGUCUAGAAGUACCAUAGGUAAAAGAACAAGGGCUAGCAUUGGUCAUAUUAGACCUGGAAAGCAGAAGUUGAUUGGAUAAUUAGGGCACUAACUAUGACUGAAAUUAAGUCAACAGUUAUUGGAAAUGGUCUUUAUUUUCAUCAUCAUUGUUGUAUAAAGCACAAACAGUGUGCAGAUCCUGUAAACCUUGAAUCACUUUGUGUGGUGCUAGGGUUCAUUUGAGGAGUGUGUAGCUGUUGUCCAUAAAUUAUCUACCAAUCUGUUCAGCCCGUAUAAAUGAUUAGAACCACGAAUCCAAUGAAAUGUGAUUACAUUGGAUGAAUUCUGAAGAUAACUGUUAGAUCUCCCACUUAGGCUGGGAUUAACAUUCAUAGAUAAUUAUAUUUAAAGCUGGCUCACAAAAUAUGUAAUAAAUGACUAUUUAACUUUUUAAGCCUACCUGUCACUGUUUCCCAACCUUGAAAUGCAGUAACAAUAAUCAAAUGCGGGCCAUAUUGGUGACUGCAAAAGAAAACAUGCUUGACCCAUGCAGACUCUGCAAUGACAACUGCAGGUUAUAUUGUAACUGUAUUGAGAGUCAAAAAGUAUUUUCUGGGGUGUGUACCAUCCAAGAAUUAUAUUAACUGCAAAACACUUCAAAUAGUACUAUAUAUGAGCACUGCUAAGUCUGUUUUAGUGCACAUUGUUGCUAGUUACAUUUGGUUGGAUAGUACAUUAGCCUUAAAUCUGAAAAUUCAAGUGGAUACUUAGUUUACUUUAAGAGCAAAAUUGAUGUUGGUAAUGAUGAGCUUUGUAACACCAUUUCCCAUAAUAGACGCAUUGUGUUCAUAUGUUUUAGAAAGAUAUUUUAGUGACUAAUUCAUGCCAUGAAAAAGCCACUAAAUAUGCAGCACUUUUAACUCAGAUACCCAGUCAUUUUAAACUGAACAUAAUUUGUAGAUGUCUAGAAAAAAAACAUGCUGAAAGCUUUUGUAGCAACUAGUGCCAUUUAUUUUAAUAGUUCUUUUAUUUAAAACAUAUGAAAACCUUGUGCCUAAUCUGGUCAACACACCCUGCUUGAAGCAGGGGCCACUUAUUUUAUGAAGGAUGUACUUUACAACUUGAAAUAUUAAAAGGAAUUUCUAGGACAGAAUAGUGUCAGUGUUUUGUUGAAGGCUACUCUGAGCAUCUAUACAUUCAGAUGGUACUUAAGAGUAAUGAAUACAUUUAAAAAGUCCCUCUGCUUUCUUUUGUAGUAAAAUGUGCAACAUACUUUUUUUAAAAUAAAAGUUUUGACUUUAAGUCAGGAGUCCUACUUAUAGACUGUCCUUGAAAUUAUUUUGAAAAUUAUUUUUAUUUGAUCUCUAUUUGCACAAAGUCAACAGCAGCCCCCAUCCCACUUUCUUGGUACAUUUAUAGAAUGCCUUUGGUUGAAAACUUUUCGCCUGGAAGAUAAGUAAUGUAUAGCUUAAAGGAACCAAUGUUGAAAGAGAAAUAAAAUGCAACUGAAAAUUUUGCGUCAGCACUGGGAAUUGCAUCAAAUUCUGCUUUGUCGUGUCCAAUCAAUGCAAUUUCUUGUUCAUUCUGGAGAGUGUGCAGUAAUGUUUUGUGAAUUCUGUGGCCGCCUGCCAUUGUAACUUGUGCAGUUCAAUAGCAGUAACAGUAGAACAGCCAGAUAAUUCGAGCAUGACAGAUCUGUAAACACAGCAUCGAUUCUGGAAAGAAUAAUAUGCUCAUUAGUGGGUAAUUCACAGCUGCUGUAAAUUGCUUGCAGUACAUGAAAUAAUAUUUUAAACUGAGUAACAAAUGCAGAAUAAUAAUUUUUAGCUCAUAGGGUUAAAUUCCCAACUGCCAAUCAAAUGUCUAAUGAAGUUGGCCUUGACAAAUGAGCUGCGCUGUACUUUUGUACAUUUAUGCUUUUAUUCUGAAUGUAUACUUGUCACUUGCUCUUUCCUGAAAUCCACAAUACACUGGUACCACAAAGAAAUCACACCUUCACAGCAAUUCAAAUACAAAACCUUUAUCAAGAAUCUAAAUGUAAGUGUAUCAUAAAUAGAAUUUCACAAGCUAAUGAUUUCGUGUUUCCAUAAUUGUUGCAAAUUGUGCUGUCUGGUUUUGAAGAAAAUCUGAAACCUGGUGAUUUGGACUGUAGCAUCUAUUACCAACGAAAGAUACUGUAAUUCUACAAAGGGUGACAUGCCAAAAAUGUAUUUUCUGAACACUUCCAUGUCUUCUGUUGCAGCUCAGGUUAUUCUACCUAUUCUAUUUUAAGCUUAAAUUAGCAAUUUGAAAUAUAAUAUUUUCAUGUCUAAAGGCCAUAUGACAUCAGCCUACUGUUAUUUCUUCUGGCAAAUAGAUUUCAAUUCUAGCAAUUGUAGUUGACGCAGUUGAAUUCCAGAUUAAACAUUGUGACAAAGGUGCUCUUAACUGUUGUAGCAAAACCCAUUUCUUUUGUCUUUCUUAUCCCAUUGUAAAAUACUCAUCUUAAUUUGCAUAGCUCUUCAGUGACUUCAAAACUUCAUUCAAAAGCAAUUUUGCUGCUUUCAGGAUUCAAAAUAUACCAUUGCGUGGACCUGUAAAUGCUUGUAACGGUCAGUCUCAUGUGAAGCCUUACAAUGAAAGUCCAAUCAACCAAGUAAAGUACAGGCAGCUUCAGGGGCUGUGGCUCUGUUAGUCAGAAAUAUCCAGUCACAUUUCAGUUGUUUUGCUGGUAACAUUUUUUUCAAAGCACUUUUCUAUCAAAGUUAGCGUACUUGACUGACAGUGGCACUCCUGUUAGAUACUGUGCAACUGGAGAAUGCUGGCACAUGUAUCAAUAGUUAUGAUUUAGUGGUACGGUAUUGAAGUUGUGGUGCUGUAAGGAAGUUGAAACAGUAGCUGUGGUAGCUCAGUUUAGCGUGUUUGUAACUAUUUAGCUUAUUUAAAGUGUUAAAAAAAAUUCUGAAUUAGUGAUGUAUCUUCAGGCCGAAAGAGGUUUAUUCAUCUGUUUUUUUACACCAGUCUAACAUCUUAUAGCCUGCUUUCAUGUGGAAUACAGUUUGCUCCUUUUAGGAGCAGAUAAAAGUUUUCAGUAAUAAAAUCCACUGUCUUGACCAAAAUUACUUUUGCCUUUCCAUUUUAUAAUCCAAAAAAUGUACAUAGGAAGCAAUCGUUUUAAUGAGGAAACUGCUCUUAAAUGGAGUAAUCUGUACGUUCACAUGCUAACUAAAAGCAUAAACAAAAUGAUUUUUAAACCCAUUACACAUUCUCAAAAUGAGCCCUUAAAUACCUAUGUGCCCCAUUCCGAAUCAUGGGUGACUUUAAUAUAACCACUUCAAUAAAUAUUGGUUGAAAACAUCUAGUAUGAUUUGGCCUUUGUUGAAGUUGAAAAGAAAACUUGUAUAGCAUCUUGCACUUUAAAACAAGAAAAACCGUCCUGCUUUCUUCAGUGCGUGUAUAGUGUGACCAAUGCUAUGUCCAAGGCACUAAACAAACCUAGUAGCUAGCAAGUGUAAGGGGCUAUGGAGCACUGUAGUUUUGAAAGCUUGGUUAUAGACUCACCAAGCCAAGUCUACUGUCAGUAUCCUGCUUCUCCUAUUUGCCUCUUCCUCCUUUUGUGAAUUGCCUGGUUCAAACUCUUAAAUGGCCAUUCCCACUGCAGCCAUUUUUUAACCCUUCAGACUGUUUUGUCAGCUAUUUUACUGGCUGUUAUUUGACCUUUGCCAUUCCCACUGUAUCAUGUGAUUGGCUGCUUUCUAGUCCUGCCUUUACCCUCCGUGUUCCCAAGGUGUUCCAGACGACCAGUAGUGAACCUCCAAGUAGACGUUGUACUCAUCACUGACACUAUGGCAAGAAGUAAUUUUACAAGCAGAAGCAGUGGGUGCAAUUAUACGUACCAGGACUGUGAGAAGAUAAUUGAGCUAUUGACACAGUACAAGCAAUCAGUUAAGGAAUGUAUAUACUGCUGUGUGUUUUACAGUAAGAUUUGUUGCUAUCAAACUGUGUAAAACAAGAUUUAUUCAUGUUUUCUGCAUAUUAAAAUCUUAAUGUACCAAUUGGUAAAGCCUAUUAAAAUGCAUACAAAA